AUGGAGCGCACUUUCAUUGCUAUUAAGCCAGAUGGUGUUCAGCGCGGCCUGGUGGGUGAGAUCAUAAAGCGCUUUGAGCAGAAAGGCUUCCAUCUAGUGGCCAUGAAGUUCAUGCAGGCGCCUGAAGACCUUUUGAAGGAGCACUACAUCGACCUGAAGGAUCGCCCCUUCUACCCAGGGCUAGUUAAGUACAUGAGCUCUGGCCCGGUUGUUCCAAUGGUCUGGGAGGGUCACGGUGUGGUCAGCACUGGUCGUGUGAUGCUGGGCGAAACCAACCCUGCUGAUUCAAAGCCUGGGACCAUCCGUGGUGACUUCUGCAUCCAGGUUGGCAGGAACAUCUGCCAUGGUAGCGAUUCGGUGGAAAGUGCCAAGAAGGAGAUUAACUUGUGGUUCAAGCCAGAGGAGCUGACCUCUUACUCGAGCUGCUCAGAAAAAUGGAUCUACGAGUAG